GACAUGUGGGAACCAGGUAAUAAACACAAAUUUAAGAAAUAUGCAAUUCCAACAAUAUUUGGGUUUUUUCUAAAAAAGCAAGUACCAUCGAAAGACAUCAAAACUGAUGGCAGUAUUAAUGUUGAUAAAAUAACCAAUAGAAAUGACACCAUGGAGCCUACAAUGGAUAACGUUGAAAAGAAUAAAACAAACACACAUUAUAUUUUAUUCUUUUACUACGUUUUUUUUAUUUGUGUUUAUUACAUACAACGUUUAAGAGUCGAUAGUAAGGUUAUUGCGAUUCAAAUAUGAGCGGGAAUGGCCACAAAUCUCUGGACCAAUAAAAUACGGGCGUUCUUAUGGCCAGAUUCUAGUUGCGCCCGAUGUCCCGUUAUCUCCUACAUUCCUCUAUCGAAGAUGCGAUUCUAACCUAAAUUAUUGUGCGCGCUACGUGGAUACGCGGUCGUGCGCGGUCGGUGUAGCUUGUUUUGGAAUUGUAAACCUCUACGUUUCUUCGACGAAACGACUGCCUGGAUUAUAUCUUCUCUGCUUUCGUCGCGAAGAGUAUCAACACAAAAGUAUCACAGAGAGAGAGAGUUUGUGGUGAGAUCGCGAACUGUCGCGAACUCUCGACAAUGACGAACAGCUGGCCAGGCACGAGUGUGCCAGCAAGUUCGAAGGAUCUGGAACACAACGAGUUUCUGAAACGUAUACGAAAGUCAUUGUAUUAUUCCAAGUUGCCAGUGAUUAAUUGCUUGAGUUUACCGGUUACAGAAUUGGCAGCCGAACUUUUCACAGAAGUGAAAAGUGGUCACACGUUGGAGAAACUCGAUGUCGAGGAGGCAAGCAGGAUAUCGAGGAAUGCGUGUGUUUCUCCUUGCUCGCUUGUGCUGGCCUUGCUAUAUAUUGAGAGGCUAAAGAACUGCAAUCCGGAAUAUCUUCAUCAAGUAGCGCCGUCUGAGCUAUUCUUGGUUUCUCUGAUGGUAGCCAGUAAAUUUCUGCACGACGAUGGCGAGGAAGACGAGGUUUUCAAUAAGGAGUGGGCAAAUUCGGGACAAGUGACUAUAUCUCGAAUGAAUAAACUGGAAAAGGAUUUUCUCGCUGCAAUCGACUGGACGGUGUUGGUACAGCGUCAAGAUUUUUGGGAGAGGUUGCAGCAAUUGGAAAAAAACGUGGCAUAUCGAGAAAUGCACAAGCGAAGUUGGUGCACAUAUACAGAAUUGAGCUGUCUGAUGAAUUCCGUUCAGUUGAUUAGAAUCGCGCAGACCCUGAUAAGCGUCUCUUCGAUCUGCCUGGCGACUUAUGCUGCUGGUCUGGCGACUCUCCUGGGAUCCACUCUGGUUGCCCACUUCAUUGUGCAAAGUUGCUUGCCCGCGGCAUCGCUUGGUUCCAGGCAACCGGCGAAUCUAUCGAUGAAUCUCGCGACGAAUCUUGCAUCAACCGACCUAACUGAUUCGUUGAUAAAUACGCGAUCCCAGGAGAUUGACGACGACGGUCUUCCGAUUUCCGAUUCCGAGAAUGUUGUGGAUUACUCCGCGGCCGCGGAAGUCGACAACGGCGAUGAAGACACAGCCAAUUGGAAAUGGUGGCUGAACUCGACGAUGACUUGGCUGCCGGAGUAUUGCAGCUUCGAGGGCGACGUCGAGGUUGCAAAUUCCAGCAGAUUAUGCGUUACCAAUGUCGACGCUUCGUUCAAUUCGACACAGUCUAUGGACAUGAGGAAGAUUGAGACAAUAGGGAAAACGGAGGAUUCCACCCCGGAGGAAUAUCGCCGUAACGUGAAUUGGAAAGCGAUACUGGACACGACUUUAAACUGGCUGGAACAAGACUGGAGACGAUCGCAUCACGAGACUGUUUUUCAGUCGCCAGAAUUGAAAAUUUAUUAGCUCGCUGAUAAAAAAAACUUGCCUGUUAGACAGUCUUUUUUCAGAGAAUAUAUAUAUACUAUAUAUAUACAUAUAAAAUGUAUAUAUACAGGUUAGGUCAUUUUAAUCUACGCACUGAAAUCUCUCAAAAUCCAUAAGUUUAAGACAAAAUUGUUUCGGACAACAGUUGGUUUUGAGGGGGCCAUAAUAGGGUACCAUUGGUUUGACCUUGAAGAGUUAUUUG